GAAGUUGUCGCGAGGGGCGGGCUCUUGUGGAGGCGCGGUGAGAGCGGGAUGGCGACCGAGGGAGACGUAGAGCUCGAGUUGGAGACCGAGACCAGCGGCCCAGAGCGGCCCCCCGAGAAGCCCCGGAAACAUGACAGCGGUGCGGCGGACCUGGAGCGGGUCACCGACUACGCGGAGGAGAAGGAGAUCCAGAGCUCCAACCUGGAGACGGCCAUGUCCGUCAUCGGAGAUAGACGGUCCCGGGAGCAGAAAGCCAAACAGGAGCGGGAGAAGGAAUUGGCAAAGGUCACAAUCAAAAAGGAAGAUCUGGAGUUGAUAAUGACAGAGAUGGAGAUCUCUAGAGCAGCAGCAGAGAGGAGCUUGCGGGAACACAUGGGCAAUGUGGUAGAAGCUCUUAUUGCCCUAACCAACUGAGAGGUGUUUUCUUAGACAUUUUCUGGAUUAACUUAUUGCAAUAAACUUUUUUUCUUAUCUUG